CGGUUCCGGGUCGUGGCGGGGCUCGGGGCCAACAGGGCUGCUGCUCAGCUGGCGAGCGGCGGUGAGCGGCAGGGGCAUGAAGGCGAGCCCGGAAAGCGGCUGCUGAGCCGGCCGGGAGGAGCGCCAGUCCCCGAGGAUUCCGAGAGUGCGGAGCUCGGGCAGGGGCCGGGAGGCGCGGGGGAGCCGAGCCAUCCCCUCAGGAACGUGUCCCAGGGCCGACCCGGCCCGUAGUGUGGCAGCAGCUGCAGGUAGGUGAGCCCGUGAAACAAUAUGAAGAGAAGAAAAUAGCCUUUUAAGGAAACUGGCCCACAGAAAGGAUGGCCUUCUUGGACAAUCCAACUAUCAUUCUAGCUCAUAUUCGACAGUCACAUGUGACCAGUGAUGACACAGGAAUGUGUGAGAUGGUUCUCAUUGAUCAUGAUGUUGACCUAGAGAAGAUUCAUCCUCCUUCAAUGCCUGGAGACAGUGGGUCAGAAAUUCAGGGAAGCAAUGGUGAGACUCAGGGCUAUGUAUAUGCCCAGUCAGUCGAUAUUACCUCAAGUUGGGACUUUGGUAUUAGAAGACGCUCAAAUACAGCUCAAAGAUUAGAACGACUCCGAAAAGAGAGACAAAACCAGAUCAAAUGCAAAAAUAUUCAGUGGAAAGAAAGAAAUUCUAAGCAAUCAGCCCAGGAGUUAAAGUCACUAUUUGAAAAAAAGUCGCUCAAAGAGAAACCUCCACAUUCUGGAAAGCAGUCAAUAUUAUCUGUACGCCUGGAGCAGUGUCCUCUGCAGCUGAAUAACCCCUUUAACGAGUAUUCCAAAUUUGAUGGCAAGGGUCAUGUAGGCACAACAGCAACCAAGAAGAUCGAUGUCUACCUCCCCCUGCACUCAAGCCAGGACAGACUGCUGCCAAUGACCGUGGUGACAAUGGCCAGCGCCAGGGUACAGGAUCUGAUCGGGCUCAUCUGUUGGCAGUACACAAGCGAAGGACGGGAGCCGAAACUCAAUGAUAAUGUCAGUGCCUACUGCCUGCAUAUUGCCGAGGAUGAUGGGGAGGUUGACACAGAUUUCCCCCCACUGGAUUCCAACGAGCCCAUUCAUAAGUUUGGCUUCAGUACUUUGGCCUUGGUUGAAAAGUAUUCAUCUCCUGGUCUGACAUCCAAAGAGUCGCUCUUUGUUCGAAUAAAUGCUGCUCAUGGAUUCUCCCUUAUUCAGGUGGACAACACAAAGGUCACCAUGAAAGAAAUCUUGCUAAAGGCAGUGAAGCGAAGAAAAGGAUCCCAGAAAAUUUCAGGUUCAAGGGCAGACGGGGUUUUUGAGGAGGAUUCGCAAAUUGACAUAGCUACAGUACAGGAUAUGCUGAGCAGCCACCAUUACAAGUCAUUCAAAGUCAGCAUGAUUCACAGACUCCGAUUCACAACUGAUGUACAGUUAGGUAUCUCUGGAGACAAAGUAGAGAUAGACCCAGUUACGAAUCAGAAAGCCAGCACUAAGUUUUGGAUUAAGCAGAAACCCAUCUCAGUCGAUUCUGACCUGCUCUGUGCCUGUGACCUUGCUGAAGAAAAAAGCCCCAGUCACGCGAUAUUUAAACUCACGUAUCUAAGCAAUCACGACUAUAAACACCUCUACUUUGAGUCUGACGCUGCUACCGUCAAUGAAAUCGUGCUCAAGGUUAACUACAUCCUGGAAUCACGAGCAAGCACUGCCCGGGCUGACUAUUUUGCUCAAAAACAAAGAAAACUGAACAGACGUACAAGCUUCAGCUUCCAGAAGGAAAAGAAAUCAGGGCAACAAUGACACCGGCCUCCAGCUUCAAUCUGUUGCCAUAGCUCAGAGCCUGCCUGCCAGGGCCAGGUGGCCCUAGAGCCCACCCUGUGUCCUGCAGUCCUCGGGAGGCCAGCCCUUGGCUCACGAGGACAGGGCUGGUGGGCUCUUGGGGAAGGGGGGCACCCCCCUAGAACAGAGCUGGGGACGUUGCCACGGGGCCGAACCCUGAGUGGUAAUGGCUUUGAUUAGCAGUGCCCGGGGCCGGACGACACCGAGAGGAGCCACAAGCUGCGCAGCCAUGUUCGCUGCCUGGCGGCCCCGCCCAGAGAUGUACACAGCCGUGCCCAGACGCGUCCUUGCAACUUGAUCAAAUUUCUCAAAACAAACGAAGAACAAAAAUGUACGGUUCUUUUUUUUUUUUCUUCCUUUUAAUAAACUCUUUAUCAUGGUU